AUGUAUAAAAUGUACGAGAAACCUAUUUUGACUUUUGCUGUUUUUUUUCUUUAUUUGAGUCUUGCCUUAGGGAAAGAAGUAGUGGAUUUAAUAACGUACAAAGAUGCAAAUGGAAGACUACAUAAACGGUUUGCUGAUGAAAAUAUACGUUUUACUAACGAUAAGCAACUUCAAAGGUAUGGUCCUGUAUGGAAUAGAAAUAUGGAUGAAAAUCAAAAUCAGAGAGUAGCACAGGCGGAAAAAAUUACGCCCUUAGAUUUAAAUAAGGUGUUAUCUGAGCUUUUUCCAUUCCAUGAAGAUAAGGAUUUUAUGAAUAAAUAUAACAACAAUCUAAUAUCUGAUAAAUAUGAUACAACUCCGGUGCAGUUAAAUUCCACUUUAGCAAGUUCGAAAAAUAUAAAUAUAUUUGCCUCUUACACCAGAAUGGAUGUAGCUUUAAACAAUUUACUAAUGGAUGAAGAUCAGGACCUAAUAGUAAUUUCACCAAUUAAUGAGUCUAUGAUGAGGUUGUCUAUGAAACCAUGGCAAUUUCCCAAAAAUAUAGAGGCCAUGGAGGCAAAUAAAUCAUCAGACCAGGCAAUCGAUAAAGCUAUUCAAGAUAAUAUCGCCAAUUUUGUUAGAUCUCAUGUAGUCUCGUAUGAGGAUAACAAAAGUACAUAUGGCCGCUACAAGAACAACGCAAUAGUGCUAAGAAGUUUGGCAAACCAAACUUCAGGUUCUGGCGACGUAUUGUUACAAAGAGAAAGUAAUGGUGACUACUUUGUCGCAUCUGUCAAUGACAAAGUGUUCACGCCAGUUCUCAAGAUUGUCACUAGUGUGAAUGGGGUUGUAUUAUUUGUUAAUGACACUUUAAUAAAACCUUAG